AGGGGGAUUCCAGACAGAGGAGGAAACAGCUUUCAAAUGCUGCACUGCAGACAUCCUAAGUUAUUCACCCACUGUGCAGUUUGGAAAUAGGGGCACACCUUUCUGGCAAUGAAUUCUAACGAGUUGCUAAAGAUGCCAGAGUGCCUGUGUGCACAUGCGUUUUCUUUCCCCUCCCCCUUUCUUCUUUUAUCCAAGCCCCUUCUCCCUAUUUCCCCUCCUACUCCUUUAUCCCCUCCCUCUGUGUCUCAGUUCUGCAGUACACGGGCUGAAGCACAUUCCGGCUUUGCAAGGCUUUCGGUUAAGGAUGCAUUGUGGCUUUUGUUUGGAUUGCAGCAUACAGAAUUGCAGCUGUUCAGAGGAGACUCAUUACAACUCCUGAUGAAGCUCCUAGUCUUCCUCCCUUCUCUUCUGCCCCUUCCCCCUAUCCUCACUUGGCCUGAAGACGUUGUCCCCAGAGUUUGCCUUACUCCCCUGGUGCUAUGUGUGCGGUGAACCUGGCACUAUGGCCGCGUCUGGGACUGGCCAGACUACUGUUGCUGGCUCUCCCUAUUCCACGAAGGAUUUAAAGGGAAAUUGCACUGCAGACAAUGCACCAGAGCAGCAGCAUCAGGAGCCUGGGGACUAAGGCUCCUCUGACAUUAUUGCACACAUGCAAAGCUGACCGCAAUGACAGCAGCUGCUCCCUUGAACUGUUGGCAGCAGCCAAGCGGCAGCAUGAAGUGAGAGAUCACUCCUGAGCUCAAGAUGAACUCCACCUUGGAUGGUAAUCAAAGCAGCCGCCCUUUUUGCCUCUUGGCAUUUGGCUAUUUGGAAACUGUCAAUUUUUGCCUUUUGGAAGUGCUGAUUAUUGUCUUUCUAACUGUAUUGAUUAUUUUUGGCAAUAUCAUUGUAAUUUUUGUAUUUCACUGUGCACCUUUGUUGAACCAUCACACUACAAGUUAUUUUAUCCAGACUAUGGCAUAUGCUGACCUCUUGGUUGGGGUAAGCUGCCUGGUCCCAUCUUUAUCACUCCUCCACUAUCCCCUUCCAGUAGAGGAGUCCUUGACUUGCCAGAUAUUUGGUUUUGUAGUAUCAGUUCUGAAGAGUGUCUCCAUGGCCUCUCUGGCCUGUAUCAGCAUCGAUAGAUACAUUGCCAUCACUAAACCUUUAACCUAUAAUACUCUGGUUACACCCUGGAGACUACGCCUGUGUAUUUUCCUGAUUUGGCUAUACUCCACCCUGGUCUUCCUGCCUUCCUUUUUCCACUGGGGCAAACCUGGAUAUCAUGGAGAUGUGUUUCAGUGGUGUGCGGAGUCCUGGCACACCAGUCCCUACUUCACCCUGUUCAUCGUGAUGCUGUUAUAUGCCCCAGCAGCCCUCAUUGUCUGCUUCACCUAUUUCAACAUCUUCCGCAUCUGCCAACAGCACACAAAGGAAAUCAGCGAAAGGCAAGCCCGCUUCAGCAGCCCGAGUGGGGAGACUGGGGAAAUGCAGACCUGCCCUGAUAAGCGCUAUGCUAUGGUCCUGUUCCGAAUCACUAGUGUGUUUUACAUCCUCUGGUUGCCGUAUAUCAUCUACUUCUUGUGGGAAAGCUCCACUGGCCACAGCAACCGCUUCGCAUCCUUCUUGACCACCUGGCUUGCUAUCAGUAACAGUUUCUGCAACUGUGUCAUUUAUAGUCUGUCCAACAGUGUCUUCCAAAGGGGACUUAAGCGCCUCUCAGGGGCCAUGUGUACUACUUGUGCAAGUCAGACCACAGCCAAGGACCCUUACACAGUUAGAAGGAGCAAAGACCCCCUUAAUGGAUGUCAUGUCUGAAGUGGCGCAGAUAUCGGGUGACUCUCUGUGUGGUGUGCGUAUGCGUGUGUGUUUUCCUUUUUAUCUCUGUAUUCCUAGUUUAUUAGGAAAUUUGGGACAGAAUAAUUUGACUCUAAGUAAUAGUAAAGAAGCAUUCUAUCCAGUACCUUCUAAGUUUGCAGAAAUGAUUUUCUAAAAAUGUUUUUGAAUCAGAAGAAUCAGGAUCAUGAAGAUAAACUGCUCUUGGUUCCAGUUUUUGAAAUGUCAUGGAGAUUAUUGCAGUUCUCAGAAUUAAAACGAAUACGGCCACAUCUUAACACCCCUCCAGCUGGAAUGACUGAACCUGAGUGUGAAAAGCGUCAGCAUUUUAAAAAGUCAUCAUUUUCUUGUCGCUUUCUGGGUUCUUUCCAGCUAUCUGGGCUUCAUGUGCAAUUUAUUUCUUUUAACAGGGCAUAUUAAAAUAUAGUUAUGAAUUAACAGGGUUUUUUUUUUUAAAAAAAGGUAUGCCAAAGUAUAACUAACUGUACAGUAAGUUUUAACACGGUUGUUUAGAAAGCCAAAUGUUUUGUGUCUUGUUCUCUUGAGAGAAUUCUCAAUAGGGUGAAUAAUGUGGACUCUUAAACAAUACUUCAGAAUUUUGCAGUGAAUCUGGAAGCAAAAGUGCAAUCAGAUCAUACAAUUUAUGAAAAACUGAGCUUUUUGUGCCAUGCUUCACAGAGCUCUAAAGACAUGCGUGCAUAGAAGUGAUUAUGUUGCAGUGUUUUGGCCUAUGCCUGUGUGUUAUGUAUUGAAAGUAUUUGAAUUAAGUUAGAUUAUUUCUCUUUUAUAGCAAAAUAUGUUUAAACAAGCUAAAAUAAGUAAUAGGAUGAUAUCCACCAAUUUCAUAACAGUGAAAGUAUAUAAAGAUGUGUCUUUAGUGUUCUCUUUCUUUAAUCCAAAGACUUUUGAAAUAUUAGAACAUCAGAGAGGAUGUCAUAAGCAAUGGAGUCCGAAACUAUAUUGUAGUGUAAUUCAUUGUUAAAAUAGAAGGGAGUUAACUGAGAUGUUUUCUGUGUGAUUAAAUGGAAGCAGCUAAUACUGAUUCUUUUGAAAACCAUUCUUUCAGUGUUAAGGAAUCCACAUUUGGGAGAAGGGGAAAUUCUGCUUAAUUCAAGUCUCUUAAUGCUAUUACCUUUCUGGGAAAAAAAAUUCUGUGGCAUAUAGUUCUUAACAGUCAGUCUGUCUCUCUCUCUCUCGCUUUCUCGCUCGCUCGCGCAUGAGCACGCACACACCAGAGUAUUAGAAAACUCUUAAAAUUUUAUUACUAUUAUAUAGAAUUACUAUCGAGAGUGGUGUGUGUUGUAUGUAGUAGUGGUAUUUUGUUUUUAAAAGUUAUAUCUUUAGAGCAAGAGGUUUAUUUUUCUAAAAGAAGAGGAGGAUUUCCGGCAGCUCCAGGCAUGAGAAUAUUUCCUCUACUUUUACUGUUUUUACUGUUUCUGGUUUUACUGUUUUAGAAAUCUUUACGGGACUUAUUUGGUCUCUGCCUUUGGCUAGAUGUUGUAAUCUAAAUGUGACAGUAGUGUUCAGUGAGAUGGACGAUGGAAGAAACCCGAGGGACAUGGGUUGAAUUGGAUUUCUGAAUCCAGGAGAGGACAUGGGUAUUUAUGAAACAGGUACAUAAGCUUUGGUUUUCCAUCAUGGUGUUCGAAACCCCUCUUCUCAAAGA